UUGCGCCAGGCAUUACAGAGUGUUUGGAGUUGGACAAUCAAUGUUCACUCACCUCUUGAGAACUUUUUCCGAAGUGCUAAUAAUGUUUAUUUAUUAUAGCUAAUGAAAGUUUCCAUUCUCAAAAAUUCAAUCAGUGUUUAAUUUUAAUAUUUUAAAAUAAUAGGAUGAAGCUUUCGUACAAUUACCCCUUCUAAUAUCCAUCAACGUUGAUUACAAUGUAUAUAAGUUAAACCUAAGUUUAAAGUAUAAAUUUACCCAGAAUGUCAGGAAGUAGUUCAUUAUUGUUUUCUAUUAACAACGAAGGCAAAGUCUACGCCCUAUCGACCACCGGAUCCUGUUGGAGAGAAUUUAUGUAUCUUGGUUUGGAGUUCAAGACUUUGUCUGCUGUACCACAUUAUUUGUGGGCUGUUGGUGGUGAUAGACAGAUAUAUCUACAUGUUCAUGGAUUAGAAAUUCCGAUUCGAGUGAAAGAAGAGUCUUAUGAAAAUGAAAGGUGGUUACCAUUGGAAGGUUUUAGUGGGAGAUUGCUACCAACUGACAGAUACCAUUUUUCUUCCCAAGAUGGCACCAAAGACCGGUCAAUAGAUCAUAUUAGGCUUCCAUCCAUGGCUUGGCAAUGGGAAGGAGAUUGGCAACUUGAACUCACACUAGAUGGACAGCCAUUAGAUCAUGAUGGAUGGAGCUAUGCAGUUGAUUUUCCUGCUCAAUUUGGUGCUGUGAAGCAGUGGAAAUCAUGUGUAAGAAGAAGAAAGUGGAUACGCUAUAGAAAAUUUAGUGCAAUGAACUCCUGGUGUGCCAUAGCUCCUUUGCACAAAGAUCCCACUCAAGAACCUUUUAUAGAUGUAAGUAUUGGAGGAAAUCAGAUCCCAUAUGCAGCUCCUGGCACUUUAGCUGUGUGGUCAAUUACUGCACAUGGAAGAGUAAUGUUUAGGUCAGGUGUAAGUACAACGUCUCCAGAAGGAUUAAAAUGGAUUAAUAUAAGCAUUCCACCAAACUGUGAUAUUAAACAAAUAUCAGUGGGACCGCAAGGCCUUGUUUGGGCUCUGCUGUGGACUGGUAGAGCAAUUGUUAGAAAAGGAGUAACUAAAGACUGCCCAACAGGAGAAGCUUGGUUGGAAGUAAAAUCUCCAGUGGAAACAAAACUAUCUGUUAUAUCUGUUGGAUAUAAUGUUGUUUGGGCCACUAGUUCAGAUGCAAGGGUAUGGUUCAGAAAAGGUAUUGAGGGCAAUGCAGCAGGUAAUUCUGAAACUGCCGCAAUGGGUACAGGAUGGCUCGAAAUCACAGGAAACAUGGUGCAUGUGUCAGUUGGAAUAAAUGACCAAGUUUUUGCUAUUGGGGAAACUGACAAAUGUAUAUAUUGGCGAGGUGGUAUUACUCCAGCUGAACUUACUGGAAAACGAUGGAGAAUGGUUCAAGCUAAUAUGCAACUAAGUCGUACAUCUAGUUCAGCUAGUGUUAUUUCAUCAUCUUCAAAUGCAAAACAUCACAGUCUUAGUAUGUUAAAUGAAACAAUUCCAGAACUUAAGACUAAUAUUCAUUUGCAAAAUUCAUGGGAGGAAUCCCAUUCAGCUCCUAUUGAGCACACUUUGCCCAUUAAACCUCCAAAAGAGAUACGGUCAAAGGGAAAUACUAAUAUUGAACAAAUAGACUUAACAGGUAAAAGUUAUGAGACAACUUUGAAAAAUCCCCGUGCUUGGAGUCCAGUACGUAGUGUUGGAUCAGUUGUUGGUAUGGAAGCUCAACCAGACAGUGAUAGCAGUGUAUUUGAUUUAGAUUCUGGUAUGUAUUUUGAUGAAGAAGUUAGCCAAACUGCAUGGGGGACAUGUGACACAACCUGGUCUUUUGUUGACGCCGGAGCUUGUUCUGUGGAUACAGUACAAGUACCUCACUGGUUUGCAGAUUCACAUAAUGCACAUAAUUCAGACUUAAGUGCCACUUGGCGGCUUCAUAUUCUAAAUUCUCUGAAAAAUCGAAAUAAUUAUCAAAACAUAGAUCUAACUAACUAUGGAAUUGCUAUUGAAGAAAAGGGCUGGACACGCAGCUGUGAAGCAAGGCUAGUCGGUUCGAGUAAUAAUUUAGAAGACUGCAUCUUAUCACUGUAUUGGCAUGCUUCAGAAAAUACUGGAACUUUGUCAGUAUUUCAGCCUGAUGGCACUAUCCAAUUUAUACUUAAUUUGAGAGAAGUCAACUCUGUAUUUACUUUAUCAGAACCUGGAUGUCCAAGAAUUAUAUUAUCAGUGCCAAGGAAUAGCAAAAAUAUCAUAAAAAUACAGUUUAUAUCUGAAAUGGAACAAGAAGAGUGGCUAAGUGUUUUAGUACGUAUAAUAUCAGAAAUUAAUGGACUAUCAGGGAAACCAUCUGCAAGUUCAGUGUGGUCAGUAGCAAGUUCUGGUGAUAUUCUUAGUUGGGAUCCUUUGCCAACAAAACUUAACAGUGAGAAAAAUGGUAUUUAUACCAAAGAAUUUCAAGUGUUUGGUAAAAAUAUUUUACCAGGUUAUACCAUAAAUUUGAAUAACAAUUUCGCCCCUGGAAGCACUCUGAAAGUAACUGGUUGCCUUAAUGAUGAUAUUAAAAGAUUUCACAUUAAUCUUCAAGGUCCAGAAGUUAAAAGACAAAGACACAGAAUUGAAACUGAAGUUACCGAAAUUCCUCUCCAUUUUGAUAUCAGGUUUGAUGAAAGUGCUGUGGUUUGCAAUACAAAAACAUCUGGUAGUUGGGGAGUCGAAGAGCGACAUCCAUUGCCAUUUUCACGGGGACAAGAGUUUUUGAUUAUAGUAAAGUGUAGUGCACAAACUUUUAAAAUAAUUGUGAAUGAUAGUACAUUUUGUACUUAUGAGCACAGAUUGAGCCCAGAAAGUAUUACUGCAAUUGAAAUACAAGGAUCAGUAAAACUAUAUAGUAUGGAGUUCUCUUCAACAAGUGUUAUUAUAGGAUCAGAUGAAAUGGUUUGGCGUAUGAUUGGUGGGUAUCUCCGCAAGGUGGAAACUUGUCAGAAUGGUGUAGUGUGGGGAAUAUCUCAUGAUCAUCGUGUUUGGUUAUAUACAGGAGGAUGGGGUGGUGGUAUGUUAAAAGGGUUGAAUGGAAAUGAGGGCAUAAACUCCAUGACAGACACCCAAACUUAUUGUGUAUAUGAAAACCAGAGGUGGAAUCCAAUUUCUGGUUACACUUCAACUGGUCUCCCUACUGAUAGAUAUAUGUGGAGUGAUAUUACUGGCAAACAAAAGAGGACUCGGGAACAUACCAAACUUAUUAAUCGUCACUGGCACUGGGUAUCCGAGUGGAUGAUUGACUACAAUACCCCUGGAGGAGUAGAUAAUGAUGGAUGGCAAUAUGCUACGGAUUUCCCAGCUCCGUACCAUGGAAAAAAGAUUUUUACAGAUUGUGUUCGGCGGCGAAGAUGGUAUAGAAAGGCACAAGUAAUCACAGAGGGACCUUGGCUCCGAGUGGGAAGUACCGCCUUACUGGAUAUAUCAUUAUGGAGCAACAAUGACGAUGUUGUGGUUUGGGGUGUGACCCUAGCUGGCGACGCAAUUUAUCGUACUGGGGUGACUACUUCAACUCCAUCGGGCCUUCACUGGGAAAAUAUAAAUAAUCCUCAGAUGUUGAUUGCAAUAAGUACAUGCAAUCAAAUUGUUUGGGCCGUGGGAAGAAAAGGCGAGCUCUAUUACCGAGAGGGUAUUUCUAAAGAAUCGCCAGGGGGAUCUAAUUGGAAGCUAAUUGAGUCUCCGAAAAAUACCUACCCCAUCAGUCACAAGUCAUCUGUAGGAGCAAAAUCAGUAUCCCUAAAUCAACAUGCUGCUUGGGUUCUGUUAUCAAAUGGUGCUAUUGUUAUAAGAUCAGACAUUUCGGAGGAUAAUAAGAACGGAAAGCAAUGGAAAUAUUUAUCAGAUUGUGAUUUAUUCUUCAAAAAUGUGUCUGCAAUGGGAAAUGAGGUUUGGGCCAUAAGUGUUGAAGGCGCGCUGUAUAGGAGACUAGGCGUGACGACGGAGAACGCGACCGGCUCGACCUGGCAACGCGUGCUCUCCGGGCCCGUGGUGCACGUCACCGCCAGGGGCAGCCCACCUUAACCAUUUAUGAGCAAUGUCUGUCGUCUAUGUAUGAUCUCCCAGUGGUGAUAUUAGCUGCUGAGUAUAUUCGUGAUAUUUAACUUCCAUUUUAUUUUUAUACUCAUUUUACAUUUCUUUAGCUUUAUGUAGAUACUACUUAAUUAAUUUAAGCGUAAAUUGAAUUCCUAUAGCUCAUAAUCCCUCAUACAAUGGGAUUUUAAUGACCAUAAAGAUUUUAUUUCCAAAGAUUGAAGUUUAAUGCAAUUUUGAUAUAAUUUGAAUUAAUUUAAUAUGUUAAUUGGCGUCGGCACCUAAAAGACAUUAUUUUAUAGUAAUUCCUUUAUAAAAUUCUAUUAAAUUAGCAUAAAAUUCAGUUGUUCUAGUCAUUACUGAUAAUUGUGUGUAAACAACUGCUUUUGCUUGUAAAGUAAAUAAAACAAAGUAUUAUUACACCUUCAGGUCUUUCUUUAUUAAGAAUCUCUCAAGUGUUUUACAUUUUUUCGUGUAGUCGACACAGAACAAAAUAAAAGAUUCGACUAUAUCCCUCAUUAACUUGCAAUAUCUUUAUAGUCGUAGUUUAAUUUCACAAAAUUGUCUUGAAUAACCACUGUGGAUUAUUUCCAUUUUUUUAAUGAGCCAAAUGAAAAAUUUAUAGGAAAUGAAUGCAUGUAAAAAGAAAUCAAAUACAUGAUAAGAUUCACUUCUUGGGAAAAAUGGGAACAAAAUU